AUCAGGGCGUUGUAAAAAAUGGACUACAAAGCGGGAUUCCUGGUGUUCAUCACCUUUCUGAUUGGGAGCCUUGCCUUUCCAACGCCUGAAGAUGACAUGUCCAUUUUCUUCGACCACACCGACGCUAGCGCGCGUAUCGUCGGUGGCAAUGAAGCAGCUAUAGGUAGCCAUCCUCACAUGGUGGGACUGUCUACUGGAACACUUAUAAGGAGCAACUUCUGUGGAGGUUCUCUGAUCUCUCAGCGCACUGUUCUCACAGCAGCUCAUUGUAUCAACCAUGUGUUUAGCUUUGGAUCCCUGUCCAAUUCUCUCCGUGCAACUGUGGGCACUAACCGCUGGAACAGUGGCGGAACCUCUUACUCCAUAGCUCGCAACGUGACCCACCCCCACUACGUGCAUUCCAUCAUCAAGAACGAUAUCGGUGUCCUCAUCACCACCUCCAACGUGGUUCUCAGCAACCUGGUUCAGGUUGUACCCAUCACCUACAACUUCAUUGGACCAGGAGUACAAGCUAGAGUUGCUGGUUGGGGUAACAUUAGGGCUGGCGGUCCUGGCUCGGCAGCGCUCUUGGAGUUGACGACCACUACUAUUGAAGGCAACGACUGCGUGGCUCGCGCAGCUCAAGCGCGCAUUGAACUGAACAUGAGACACGCUCCUCAUGUUGAGCCCCAUAUUGAGGUCUGCACCUACCACUCUCCUGGACGUGGCACCUGCAACGGUGACUCUGGCAGUGCUCUCCGUCGUGUUGACAACGGCCAGCAGUUCGGUGUCGUGUCCUGGGGCUUCCCAUGCGCUCGUGGCGCUCCUGACAUGUUCGUUAGGCUUAGUGCGUACCAGUCCUGGUUGAGAUCCGUCAUCGUUUAGGAAAUCAAAGAUGACCUUAAAUUAUAUUAUCAGGAAUGUACGUCUCGGCAAAUAAAUGCGAAUUAGUAUUAUUGUUGUUUCUUUUUGUUUCUGUUUAAUUUAAUUUCUAAAUAUCUGUAAAUCUGUUUCUAUUUGUGUAUAACG